AUGGGGAUUAUUGGGGGAAGCGUUGAGCAAUUCAAUAUGAAUAGAAUGAAUGUGAAGUUAUCGAAUCGUUAUUGUAUAUCGAUUGAGUCUUUCAGUCGGGUUAGCAUGGUUGCCAUUGUCAAUGUUUAUCGUUUUGAUGGUAUACCAAUGGCUUCUGCAGUCCCUAUUUUAGGUGUUUCAGAAACUUUUAAAGCGAAUAUGAAUGAAAAGAAGCUCAAUCUUGGUGUUGGAGCCUAUCGAACCGAAGAACUCCGGCCUUGCGUACUGAAUGUUGUCAAGAAGGUGGUGUAUUGGAAGGAUGAGUUUGGCUUCAUGUUCAUAGGAAGAAGAAGAGAUUUCGAUUUGAAACUUGCUGGAUGCUUGCGGAUGGAGUUGAGGAUGUCAUCAGGAAGGCUUGGGAGGAUUCGGGUCACUUAA